AUGAACGCAGCUGCCGGGCUUGCCACCACUCUCAUCAAUAUCUACACCGCGCGCGAUGGCGAUUGGUCUAUCAUGGCCUUGAUCACCACUAUUAUAACCGGUUUCACACUGGUGACGUCCUUCUCGCUGGCUAUGGUAUUCAAGUUUAUCAAACUCAAAGAAGUGCAAGAAGCCCAUGUGCGUGAAGUGUAUCACAGUGGCCCAGAGCGAAAUGCCUGA